AUGAAGGAUCACAAGGACGAGAUAAGGAAGUUUGCACAGGCGUACAAGUACAACUUGAAGCCAUUGGCAGUCAGCCGCUUUGCCAGCUUCCUGAAAAAGUAUGACACUGGUGAGGAGUACCGUCGAGGUCUUCUGCGCGACUUGUUCAGCUUGAUUGGAGAACAAUGCUGUGACAAUCGACUCGUUGAUGAAUUGAAGGCAGACGCGGUCAUCAGCUUGCAAGAAGCAAGGAUAAAAGGAUGCCUAGGUGCCGACGGGUCAUCUUCCGUACAAGUCGUCUCUCUGGGCGCUGUUCCCAAAGUCUUUGUCGACGAGGUAAGUAACGAACUGAGGGUGAGCAGUUCUUCGGCUGCGUUGAACCGUCUUCAGUGCCUCAAUCAACGCUAUGCACUCGCUCGUCGGCGUUGCUUUCGAUGCGGCCUCUACCAGAAAUCAGUGGAUCAGCGCGCGCCACAUGACGGUUCCCUGGCUCUUUUGCCUACCUCCGCGCUUGAGGGGCUCGAUCCAGGACUUCAAGUCGCUGUCCUUGGGCUCUUGGUUGUGCGGGAUGACGAAGUGUUCUUAGAGGAUUUAAGGGGACAGAUUAAACUGAAAUUCAGCGAACAGUCGCGGGUCACGCAGCACUGCUUUCUGGGGAAUGGGUUCCUGGCUGUGGUGAGCGGGUUCUGGGUGAACAGCAUUCUUCAGGUCACUCGAGUGGACCUCCCGCCGGCAGAGCGGCGGGAGGUGACGUUGCGGGAUGCCGGCUCUAGCAUGGACCUGUUUGGGUUGGCCCCGCGUAACCCCAUGGAGGCUUUGCGCGAGGAGAAAAAGCGGCUGCAGAGCGUGAUCAUCGUCAUGGCGCACGUGCACCUCGACAAGGCGGGUACCAUGAGCAAGCUGGCUCGCUUUUUUGAGCGCAUGCAGGGUUUAAGUGAGUCAGAGCUGCGCGACGUCACUUUUGUCUUCACUGGAGACUUUUCGUCCGUCCCGCUUCACUUUAGCGACGCAUCUCACUUGCCUGACAUCUUCGACAACUCGAACCGCCUGCAGAUCCUCCUUGAUGGACUAGGUCGCUGCAUCGCCGCCAAUGCUCCCACUGCAGCACAGCACAGUCAUUUUGUGCUCAUCCCGGGUCCCAGCGACAUGACGGCCUUGCAAGGCUUUCAGCCGCAAACGCCCAUCGCCACACAAUUCGCCAAGGGUGUGGAGAGUCGAACAAAGAAGCUCACCCUUGCUCCGAAUCCGUGCCGGUUGCGCUUCCACACGCACGAGGUUAUCAUCGCUCGCCGUGAUUUCCUGCGCGAUCUCCAGCACGGCGAGUUGCUCUAUCCGUGGGACCGCUAUCGCACAAAGGAGCGUACUGACGCGGCACUAGAUCAGGGCGCUCCUAGUGGGGGUGGGGCAGCCACCACAACGUCGUUUGAGCGCGUUACCAAGACACUGCUAGACGAGGCACACCUGUCACCCAGCAUUGAUGAGGCGGUUUUGUGGAGAGCGGACGACGCCUUGCGCAUCCCGGUGCUGCCGCACACGAUGCUGCUGUGCGACUCAACAGAGCAAUGGGAGUGCCAUUACAAAGGCGUUCACGUCGUGAACCCCGGCUCCUUUGGUGUCAACGGCACAUUCCUUUGGUACACCCCUGCAGAUGGGCAGUGCAGCCUCAACAGACUGGAUUAA